AUGGCAACAAAAACACGGAAUCAAGAACUCGAAGAACUUGUUAAAGAACACGAAAAGAUGAUUCAACAGUUCACCACAACAAUUGAUGAUCUUAGGGUAUCGAAUUCAGCAAUCCAAUCAACAUUGACAACUUUAACAGAAAAGUUGUUAAACAAAGACGGAGGAGAUGAUGACAUGGUCAUUACAAAUGCGAAAUCUAAUCGACCACAUAUGAAUACCCGAUUCUGUAACCUGGAAUUUCCCAAAUUUGAUGGGUCGGAUGUGGAUGGGUGGAUAUAUAGGGCUGAACACUUCUUUAUGGUGGAUGAAACUCCAGAAGAUGCAAAGAUGAGGAUUGCAGUAAUUCAUUUGGAGGGAAAGGCUUUACAAUGGCAUCAAGGCCAUCUGAAGGCCAGAGGAAUCAAGAUUAAAGACAUACCUUGGGAUGAGUAUAAGAAAGAUGUGGUGCAUAGGUUUGCAGAUUCGUUUGUGGAAAAUGCUUUAGAAGAUCUUGUUUCACUCAGACAAACAGGAGAUUUACAAGAUUACUGUGAUGCUUUUGAUGCCUUACUAAAUAAGGUAUCUAAUAUCAAUGAAUCACAAGCCGUUUGUCUGUUCAUUCAUGGUUUAGCCCAUUCAAUUUCUGGUCCUGUACGAAUGUUUAAACCAGAAACCUUGAAGAAGGCUUAUUCCUUGGCUAGAAUUAAAAACUCUACAAAUAUUAAAGCUAAAGGGUAUCCUCAUUCAACAACCAAAGUUGUGUCUCCCUUGAAUGGUCCUGUAAGUGCUUCUAAAAUUCCCUUAUUACCCUCUCCAAACAUAAACUCAGUUGGGUCAACAAGUACUAGUAAAGGGGUAAAUAAAACUGUGAGAAGCAAGGAGAUAGAUGCAAAAAGGGCUAGGGGUGAAUGUUUUUGGUGCCCAGAGAAGUUUACUCCUACUCAUGUGUGCAAGAAUAAACAGUUUUUUACAAUUGAGGUUCAUGGGGAAGAAGAGGAGAUAGAAGAAGAAUCUGAGUCUAUUGUUCUGCCUAAACAAGUGACUACAGAUCCUUUAAUUUCUUUGCAUGCUAUAUUAGGUAUUCCCUCUUUUUCAACAAUGAGAGUGAUUGGCACCAUAGGUACUAGACAGCUGCAAAUCUUGAUAGAUUCUGGCUCAACACAUAAUUUCAUUAACCAAGAUUUGGCAGCCAGAUUGAGAUGUCCCACAAAAACAGUCAACUCUAUGCAAAUAACAGUAGCAGAUGGUAAUAAACUGAAUUGUAUGCAGUUAUGUGAAAAUUUUCAAUGGGUCAUGCAAGGUAGUUGGUUCAAGGCUGGCAUGUUUUUAAUUCCCUUGAGUAACUAUGAUAUGGUUCUUGGGGUACAGUGGUUGAGGGAAUUGAAUGAUAUUAGUUGGAAUUUUAAAGAGCUAACCAUGAAGUUUAAAGUGGGUCAUUUAGCUUUUGAGUUGAAGGGUUUGGAUAAUAAUAAUACAGUUACUCUUUGUUCAGCUGAAAAGUGCAAUGAUAUGAUCAACAAGAAGUCUGCUGUAGCUUCUUGUCAAUUGUUUAAUAUCCAGGAUCAAAAUAAUGAUAGGAAUCAAUUAGAACCUGCAAUACAAGAUAUUGUACAAGAUGAUGCAAUACAAACUUUGUUGAAACAGUUUGAAGAUAUUUUUCAAGAACCCACUCAGUUGCCUCCUUCAAGGCAAUGUGAUCAUAAAAUUGUCCUCACCAAUGAAGAAGCUGCCAUCAAUCAGAGACCAUAUAGAUAUCCUGCUGGUCAAAAAGAUGUUAUAGAAAAGAUGACUCAAGAAAUGUUAGACUCAGGAGUGAUCAGGGAAAGUCAAAGCUCCUUUGCAUCUCCUGUGGUAUUGGUUAAAAAGAAGGAUGGUUCUUGGAGAAUGUGCAUUGACUACAGGAAAUUAAACAAUGCAACAGUUAAGAACAGGUAUCCUAUUCCUCUCAUUGAAGAGCUUUUGGAUGAACUGCAUGGGGCUACUAUUUUUUUCAAAACUGGAUUUAAGGGCAGGUUAUCAUCAAAUUCGAAUGUAUGA